AUGAACUCCCUCAACUCCCUGAACUCGAUUGAGGUCACCAGGCCCAUGAGUGCCAAGGAGCUGACAACCAUAGCGAAAGAAUUCAACUGGAACCCUCGCAUUGGUUUCAAGUACUGGGUUCGGGCCGCUGAGACAUGCUAUCAUGAGGGCCAAGUCUAUCUCCGGGAAGCAAAUUUUGCUUCAGCCUAUAUGAUUCUCUUUCGAUACUCGGUUCUCGUUCUCGAAAAUCUCCCCAAUCAUCCCGAAGCGAAAGAGCCCGAUGCAAGGAGAUCCCUCAGGCCGCACCAGAAACGGAUUCCCCGCGUCAUAGAUGUUCUUGAGCGCCUACGGCCGGAGAUCGACAAGACAUACGACCAGUGGCUGGAGCGCCAAACAACUCGGAGGGAUGCAGAUAGAGAACCCCUCCGGCCGCCGUCAUCAUACACAAAGCAUGCGGCUAACGACUCAGCGUUCUCCUGGAGUUAUGGCCCACACAGGAAUAUUAUCAAUGCCAGGGAUUACCAAGACCUCGCCGUGGAUUUGGCUAAAAGGGAGAUGCGCAGACGCACGCCCGAAACCGGGCUCCUCGAGGACGACAAUGGCGUCCAGCGCAGCCUUGACCAUCAACGUGAGCCGAGCGGGAAGCCCAGCUGGCGGUUCAGUCCUCACGACAUGAACGAUGACGAACUCAGGAGGCAGAUGGAAGAAACCCGUCGGCAACUAGACCGGGUCGGAGACCAUAAACGUGACGAUUAUCGCAGCGAUGAUUCGGUACAACCGGCCACGUAUUAUUACCCUUCCAUCAUCAAAGCAUCAACGCUGCGGUAUGAGGUUUACGAGCCUUCGCCUUCCCCAGCGCGGGAUGAGAGUUCAAGAUUCCAACCGCCGCGGCCACCGAAGGAGAGUUUUCCUGAACGAGUCAAGUCAAUUAGACCGCCCCCCAGACCUGGGAAGGAGCCAUUCAGAUCUAGCCCGCCCCCACGCUACCGACUCGACGAGGAACUCGGACCUGCCCUACCACACAAGGUAGCCGCAGAACCCGCUGCGAAGCAGAGUAUUGACAUCAUCGAACCGGCCGCCCGCCUCGAGAAUGGCGAUCCUCUCCGGGCGAUCUUCCUGCCUACAGGGUUGCGUCAAAAAUUCUUGGACAUUGCCGAGGAUAACACACGCAUACUAGGGAUCGAAACAUGCGGGCUGCUAUGCGGAGCGAUUGUUAGUAACGCAUUCGUCAUUACGCACCUCGUGAUUCCGGAGCAGAAAGGCACCCCGGACACAUGCGAGACGGUGAACGAGGCGGCCAUUACUAACUUCUGCAUCGAGAAGGAGCUGGUCACCAUUGGCUGGAUCCACACUCACCCGACCCAAACAUGCUUCAUGAGCUCGCGCGACCUGCACACGCACUGCUCGAACCAGGCCCUCCUCCCCGAGAGUAUCGCCAUCGUGUGCGCCCCGCGACAUGAGCCUUCAUGGGGGAUAUUCCGCCUCACAAACCCCCCAGGGCUCCCUGCCGUCUUGGGGUGCCAGAAAGGCGAUGUCUUUCACGAGCAUCAUGUUGAUAAUCUUUAUGUUGAAGCUAGCCAUGUCGUCCAGUCGGACGAGUACGAUUUCCAGGUGUGCGACCUGCGGCCGGGACAUCAGCGUUGA